GGUCGGUCAAACCUGAUCCGCUUCUCGCUCCCCUUUUCCAGAUCUUCGAAUACGGGCGCCUGAGCCACUUCAUAGACGGGAAGGGCGCCUCUGGCAACUGGAUGUCCCUGGUGAACUGCGCCAGGUUCCCCGAGGAGCAGAAUUUGACGGCCAUCCAGUGCCAGGGGCAAAUCUUCUACGAGAGCUGCAAGGAAAUCCUGCCGAAGCAGGAGCUGCUGGUGUGGUACGGCGAUUGCUACGUGCAGUUCCUGGGCAUCCCCAUCAGCCUCAAGGGCAUGCCGGAGGGGAAGAGGCCCCCGCAGCACCCCGAAGAAGCCGGGGAGAGCUUUAAGUGUGAGCGCUGCGGCAAGGUUUUUGCCUACAAGUACUACCGGGACAAGCACCUCAAGUACACUCGCUGCGUGGACCAGGGGGACCGCAAAUUUCCUUGUCACCUUUGUAACCGAUCCUUUGAAAAAAGAGACAGGCUGAGGAUCCAUAUUCUCCACGUUCACGAAAAGCACAGACCUCACAAGUGCUCAGUGUGUGGGAAGAGCUUUUCUCAGUCUUCCAGCCUGAACAAACACAUGAGGGUUCACUCCGGGGAGCGCCCCUACAAAUGUGUCUACUGCAACAAGGCAUUCACGGCAUCCAGCAUCCUGCGCACUCACAUCCGCCAGCACUCGGGGGAGAAGCCCUUCAAGUGCAAGCACUGCGGCAAAGCCUUCGCCUCGCACGCAGCCCACGACAGCCACGUGCGCCGCACGCACAGCAAGGAGAAGGGCUGCACUUGCUCGGUGUGCGGUCAGCACUUCCCGGAGCAGGAGGAUUGCCACUUCCACAUGAAGAUUCACGCCACUCACUAG